CUUCCCGAUUCUUCCUCCCGACAAGCCCCCAAGCUGCCGACAGUCCUCUCUUGAGGAAUCGGCAAAAGCUUGCUAUUUUUCUCUUCUUUUCUUGUUAAAGAACUGAUUUUGGGACCUAGAACCCUCCCUUUGAAGUAGAAAUUUCCAGAUCUGCUCUCCCUUCCUCUUCCCUUCGGUCCGUGAGUUUCUGCUGGUUUGGGGUACGAUUUUCUGGGCAUUUUCGGUCCGUGAGUUCCCUGCAGCUUGCCGCCGACUUCUCUCCCCCCCUGCAGCUCUGGUUCUUGCUGGAAAAUUCUGAUUUUGAUGGUAUCAGAUUGUGGUGUGAUAAGUUCCAAGCCUUGUGCAUUUGUGGGACUCGUCUCACGAGUGCACGGCGUCUGUUGCGCCUCGGAUUUGGGUUCUGAGGCGUGACAGAUAAAGUGGUAUCAGAGCUUAGGUUUGAUUAAGAUUUCGUGGUGUGAGAGCCUAGGUUUAUGUAAAUACCUAGGAUUUGUUUUGGACUUGGCUAGCCAAUGGAUUUAGAACCGUGGUGAGAUGAGUGAUGGGUUAUACAAGGGAUGAUUUUAAUUGUAAAUCUUAGUGAUUUUGAGUUAGUUCUGGAAAAUUUUGUUUGGAUAAUGAAUUGAGCUGACAGUGAUAAAUCUGGAAUUUGUGUUUGGAGCUGUUGAUGAUUUCAGUGCGUGUGAAUCUGCUUGUAAGCUCUAGUUCCAAACUUAAAACGAGUUAUUUUGCAUUCAUAAUGGUAAUUAAUUUGGUUCAUUUCUUUUGUUUCAAUCUUAUGAUUUUGGUUCAAUAUAUUUGUUUGAUAUUUGAUGAUUUUUGAGCGGAUAACUUGGUUUGCCUAUGUAAUGAACUUAGAUGUGAAGCGACAAUGAUCAAUCAAGAAUUUUUAUGUUU